CGCCGACGGUCCGGCUGCCCCCGCCUCCUUCCGUCUGAUCCGCGCUCUCCCGCGGCUGCGCCGGCUCGGCCGCCCGGGAGACAAAGCACCGCCGCUGCCGCCGCCGCAACCGAGCAAGUCCCGGGCCAUGGCCGGGCCGCUCCCCGGUUCCCGUCCCGCCACUGCUGCCGUCGCCCUAGUCCGCGCCGUGAGGUUUUUGAGCACCAACUACAUGCCAGGCACUGGAAUUCAGACAGAGAACCUCCGCCCUCCUAGAGCAGCAAAAAUGACCCAGAUGUGGAAGCAGAGGCCCAGAGAGGCUUAAAGCUUGCCUGGGGUCACACAGCCUGGACACUACAGAGCUGACAUUUGAACCCAGAGAAGAGCAAGCCGAAACCAGAACUGAGCAGAGGGCAGGGAAGUGAGCAGUGGCCUGAGAGGUUCCGAGGCCCCAAGCCCCGCCGCCAUGAAGCUGAACGAGCGCAGCCUGGCCUUCUACGCCACCUGCGACGCCCCGGCCGACAACGCGGGCUUCCUGUACAAGAAGGGCGGCCGGCAUGCGGCCUACCACCGCCGCUGGUUUGUGCUGCGCGGCAACAUGCUCUUCUACUUCGAGGACGCGGCCAGCCGUGAGCCCGUGGGCGUCAUCAUCCUGGAGGGCUGCACUGUGGAGCUGGUGGAGGCGGCCGAGGAGUUCGCCUUCGCCGUGCGCUUCGCUGGGGCCCGGGCCCGCACCUACGUGCUGGCGGCCGAGAGCCAGGCCGCCAUGGAGGGCUGGGUGAAGGCGCUGUCGCGGGCCAGCUUCGACUACCUGCGGCUGGUGGUGCGCGAGCUGGAGCGGCAGCUGGCAGCCGUGCGCGCAGGCGGCGGCCCAGCCCCGCCCCGCCGACCCAGCGCGCUCCCGCCCAAAGAGAAUGGCUGUGCCGUGUGGAGCUCGGAGACGCCCGCCGCCCCCAGCCCCCGGCCCGGCCCCGAGCCCCCGCCACUGCCGCCCCGCCGGCGGGCCUCGGCGCCCAACGGGCCUCUCGACUCGGCCUCCUUCGCCCAGCUGCACGAGUGGUACGGGCAGGAGGUCAGGGCGCUGAGGGGCCAGUGGCUCCGCAGCCAGGCCCAGCCCUGAGGAUAGGGCUGAGGGCCGGAACCAAGAGGAAGCGGUCAAGGCCAGCCUUGAGGCCAGCACUGGUCCUGGUUCUGGUGCCACUCCAGCCCCAGGCCCUGCUCUGACAGGCCCAGCCCUGAGACACGGGGACCUGGUCCUGAGGGCGGUCGCAGUCGGCGUAAGCCCUGAGGUCCCUGCCUGGUCUUCUCUCGGGGACUCAGGCUCGGAGAAGAUGCUGGGUUCUGAGGGGUGCUUUGGGACCUCUGUCAUUCAGAGAAAGCCCAGCCUUGAGGAGGCCAUCGUGCCUGAUCCUCAGGAGAAGCCAGGCCCUGGGUGAUCCUCAAGCAGCCGGAGGGCUGGUUUUGUGGGAACUGUAGCCCCCAACCCAGCCCUGCAGGUGCCUCCGUCGCCUGUCCCAAAUCACCUAGCCGAGGCUUGUUGCUGGCAACAGGCAUCCACUGAGGCAGCUGGGACCUGUGAGGAUCUGUGGCCUGGAAGGCACAUGCCCAGUCAGCGCUGGUCCAGAGGCUCCAGACUGGGCCUCACGCGGACAGGAGGCUGGGCUGGGCUACACCACACCUGGGCCUGACCCUGUGGCUCCAAGACCCGCCGGAGGAGCUGCCUGGCUGCCGCCUGCCUGCCUGCCUCCAUAAGCGUGGGCUUUCACGUGUGCCCAGCACCGUGGGAUGGCCUGGUCCCCGGGGCUCCCGGCCUGGAGUGAGGCCGAGGCAGCACUUUCCCCCGGGGCCUCAGCCAGGCCUUGAGGUGGUGCUCCUGGGACCGUAGCGGCCCUCUGGCUUCGGGCCACAUCUGUGCUCCUGUGGCAGCCCUCACGCUCUCCCAGCACUGCUUAGCCACAUCCUCUGUCUUUUCCCAGAGCCAGCCUGGGGCAGGGCCUCUCGGGAGCUCGCCUGACCUCGUCCAGUCCUGGGCUGGGCAGCUGUGGCCUGAGCUGACUUUCCAGCAGGUUCCCCUAGGGAGGAGGGGCCAUGAGCUGACUCACGGCCCAGAAAGGGCCCAGGUGCCAAUCUGACAGGGGCAAAGAAGCAGCUGCAAAGCCGUAUUUGGCUUCCAGAACCCUCUCCCUCCAUCACAGCCCCUCUCUGAGCUCACAGACUCAGCCCCCUUCUCGCCCACAAUAUUCCAAGAGGGAGACCAGGUCUCGCUUUGCUUCGAGACCAACUUGUUUUUCACUCACUACAGUGGCCGUUCUUCAUCCAGGGAGAAUCUCGGGGGGCUGGGACACCCCUGGCCCUCAAGCUGGGUCAUGUUUACAGUCCUCAGUGCCCCCAAAUUGGGACCCCCUGAGGACACCCCUGCCCUAAUCUUUAUUUCCCCUGAGGCUCCCUCUUGGUGACAGACAGACGCGGCCCUUAGCCCCUUCCUGCUGGCUUUGGAGACCUUGGACCUUGGGGAAGAAUGGGGAGCUGUCUGUGUGUCUGCAAUCACCAGCCUACUGCUGGCUCAGUUGACUGGAGCUUCAGGUUUAAUUUAAAUACUUAGGGUGUUUUUUUCCCUAGCAACAAAGCUUGGUGUUUUCACUGCUUUUGUUCCUUGUUGGCUGGUGGGAAGGGAUAGGGUGCCUGGUUCUGGGUUUGGCCAGUGAGGGGGGCGGGGAUAGUUGGCACUGCCCCCAGGGAGAGGGCAAGGAGCCUUGGAUGGAGACACAGGAACCUCAAGAAUCUCACCUGGUUCUUUGCCUUCUCCCUGGCAAGCCCUGCUCUCCUGCAGGUGCUCUGGGGGUCUUGGUACGCUUUCCAUGCCCCUCUUCCCCAAGUCCUCAGUGGUGGGGAUGGGGAUGGCAGCUCUUGUCCACAGGCUUUGGGUCUCAGGGGGUGUUAGGAACUGCCCAGUGCCCAUGUCCUGGCCAGACCUAGCUGAUGUGGUGAGGUGUUGGCCCCAGUCCUGGUGUAGGUUUACAAGCACUAAAGGUACAAUCUCCCCCCACCCACCCCCAAAGCACAACCUGCGGUCAGGCUGCCUCCGGAGUUGGGCUGGGGAGAGAUAAUCAGGCAGUCUGGGAGAGGGAUAUAAAGGCUAAAAUAAAAUAAACAAAGGUUUGUCAAGUAA